AUGCGCCUGGGCCCCCGCGAGCGAGACCCCUUUCAGGGCAAGCCGGAGGAGGAGAAGGCGGCGAAAGAAGAGCUGUUUGAGACAGUGCUGGCGGUGGUGAGGUUGCUGCCGGCGUUUCCUACAGAGUGCCAGGGGAGCCUGGGGAAGAUGUGUGAUGUCGGGGGGGAGGUGUGUGAGAGGACGGACGUGGAGUUGUACUGGGUGGAGCGGGUGGUGGCGUAUAACCCUCCCGAGGUGCUCAAGAUGAUGCGCUCAGAGAAGGGCAUUAAACAGCUGGAGGUGACGAUGCAGGAGAGGAAGGUGCGUGCGAGCGAAGAGGUGGUGGCACAGAUGAUCAGCAACUCAGCAGCUCAGUUGAGGGAGGGUGGGGUGGAGACCGAAGCGUUUGUGCUCAGCCUCAAGUGCCCUCUCUCCCUAGCUCGUAUCAAGGUGCCGGUGAGAGGCAAGAAGUGCUCCCAUGAAAGUACGUUCGACCUGGCUUCCUACCUGCGCAUGAACCAAGGCCUGGCUAAGAACGUCAAGCGGGCAUGGCGCUGCCCCAUCUGCUACCAACAGCUGCUGUGGUCGGAGCUCUUUUUGGAUGGAUUCAGUGAUUUCCUUUUUUUCCUCCCUCCCUCUCCUCUGUCUCUAACCCCCCUCUCCCUCCCCUUUCCCACCUCUUUCUCCCCUUUCCCACCUCUCCCUCCCACCUCACCCUCCUCACUGCACCCCUCUGCUCUCCCAACAGUGCAAAAGAUUCUUGACGAGACGAGUGAGGGGGACGAGGAGGUGGAGGUGUUUCCAGAUGGCAGGUGGAGAAAGGUGGAGAGCGGUGAUGGGGAGGACGGGAGCUGUUCAGAGUCUGAUGAGGAGGAGAGGAUGAUAAUGAUUGCAUUGAAGAGAAGAGAGGAGGAGAGGAGGAGGAAGGAGGAGGAGGAAAAGAAAAAGAAGGAAGAGGAGGAGAGUGGGGCGCUGGAGAGAGGGACGGAGGGAGAUGGAGUGGGAUUGAGUGCGGUUGGGAGUGGGGAAGGAGAGGGGAGGGGGGAUGAGGAUGAAGACGUGAUAGAGACUGUUGGAGGGGAGAGGAGAGAAGGAAUCAGAGAGGGGGAGUGCAGAGGGGAGGGAUGCGAAGAGGGAAACCAGGUGCAGGAGGAGGAAGCUGUGGAGGCAACUGGUGGUAACCACCGGUUAGAUGGGGUGUCUCGUGAGUCGGCUCAAUCGGCACCUCAAAACCAGGUGGAAGGGGGGGCAGCUGGAGAGAAGCUGAAGGUAACUGGUGGUAACCACCAUGUGGAUGGUGUGUCUCUUGAGUCGACUCAAAAGGCACCUCAGAACCAGGUGGGGGAGGAGGUGGCUGUGGAGGCAACUGGUGGUAACCAGCAUGUGAAUGGGGUUACAGCGAGCCUGCCCUUUGUAACAGGAAGGGAGGCGGAUGCGGUUACAGCAAGAUCAUGUCCAAAGGAUACGGUUACAUGUAGUUCAGUCUCAAGGGAGGCGGUUACUCUGACUUCUCUUCAAAACGGGACGGCAGAUGACUCAGACGCACUUGCACCCAGCCCAGUUUCGAGGGUCACUGCGGCUCUGAGUGAACCUCAAAACGGGUGCGCAAGAGACACCGACACGCUUGCACCCAGUUCAAUUGCGAGGGUCACAGAUACCCUUAGCUGUAUAGAAGUGGGGACAGCAAGGGGCAGAGAUAAACUUGCACCCAGUUUAGUUUCAAAGGACGCAGUUACUCCUAGCGCUCCUCAAAGCGGGGCCACGAGGGACAGGGAACUGGCAUUAACAGCGAGUUCGCUUCCUGUGAAUGGGCUUACAGCGGGUGAGGCGCCUCAAGAGUUGACUCGCAUGGAUGGACGAGAGGAGGUUGAGAGAGGCGCAGAGGCAGGGAGGAUUGGAGCAGCAGCAGCUGUGGGGGUUGGUGGGGAAGCAGCGGUGGUGGUGGUUGAGACUUCAAGUGCAGUUGUUCUUGAGGCGCCUCAAGCAUUGGAUCACGUGGAUAGAGCAGAUGCGGUUGGCAAUGGUUCAGAGGUGGUCGGCAAUGGUGCUGAGGUGGUUGGCAAUGGUGCAGAGGCGGAGCGGGAAGCGGCAGCUGUGGUGGUGCGUGGGGCGUUGAGUGGUGUGGCUGAACCAGCACGCAAUGCAGCAGGGGUGGCAUGUGGGGUGCAUGGGCGUGCAGAUGGGUUGACAGGGAUGGCAUGUGGUGCGCAUGAGCCAGCAAAAGGGAUGGAUGGGAUGAUUAAAGAGAAACCGGUUGCUGCUGAUUUCAAUGGGCGUGGGCGUGCAGAUGGGUUGACAGGGAUGGGAUGUGAUGCGCAUGAGCCUGCAGGGAUGGAUUGGGGGGUUGAAGAGAAACCGGCUGCUGCUGAUUUCAGUGGGCGUGGGCUUGAGGAGAAGAGGUCUGGGAGAGAGAAGGAGCAAAGGAGGGAGGGGCGAGACCUGGUGCUUGGAAGUGUGGUGGGAGGAGGGGAGGUGAAAAAGGAGGAUCAAGUAGGGGAGGGUUGUGAUCUGCUGGUGGGGAGUGUAGUGCGAGGAGGGGGAGUGGACGAGAAGGGUUGUGCUAGGGGAAGGGGCACGAGCGUGGUUUUAGUUAAGAGGAAGAGAGAUGGAGAUACGGGAGGAGAAGGAUGGGAAGUUGGAGGAAAGGGAGAGGAGGGAGUGGAAGGAAGUAAGGAACAGGUUGAAAGGGUUUCAGAUUUGGGGAAGGAGAGGAGGAUUGGGAAGGAUGAGAAGGAUGAGAAGGUUGGGAUGGGAGGGAGGGAGGAAAAGGACGGGAAGGAGAGGAAGGAUGGUAUAGGCAUCGACGGUUGUGCUGGCAGUGGUGAUUCGGGGAGUGGGGGAGCAGAAGGAGUAGAGGGGGGAGGACGGCAGAGGCUGGCUGAAGGGGCUUCAGUUGAAGGGAAGUAUGGGAAGGAAGGGAAGGAGAGCAAGCGAGGGAAGGAUGGUGUGAGCACGGGCGGUUCUGUGGGCAGUGGUGGUUCGGGGAGCGGCUCAGGGCAACGGAAGGGAAAGAAGACUGUGAAAGUACUCUGCGAUGUGAAUUUUAUUUGCACAAAGGAAGAGGCCGCUCAGAUUCGGCUGCAGCUGGAACAGGAGAGGCAGCAGCAGCAGGGGCAGCAGCAGCAGGGGCAGCAGCAGCAGCAGGGGCAGCAGGGGCAGCAGGGGCAGGGGCAGGGGCAGGGGCAGGGGCAGAUGGAGCAGGGGCAGGGGCAGGGACAGGGGCAGAAAAAAGUGAUUAAUGGUGUGGAGGAGGGAGGUAAAGGAGGAGCACCAGCUCCUAGGGGGGUUGUGGUUGCUCUAAGAGCAAGAGGUAGUGGUUCGAAUGAUUCCGCAGCAGCAUUAGGGAGAGGUGGUGCAGUGGGGGAGGGAGGUAGAGGAGAAGCAUCAGCUUCUGGCGGGGUAGGUGUUGCCACAAGAGCACGAGCAAAGGGUUCGAGCGAUUCAGCAGCAGCAUCCUCUGGGAGGGGUGGUGUGGUGGAGAGUAGGAGGGCCACACGUGGGACUAUAGAGAGGGAGAAGAGGGGUAGUGUGAGUAGUAGCAGUGUGACAGUAAAGGGUGCUGGUGUGAGUACGAGGGGUGGUGCUACUACUGGGGGGGGGAAGAAUGCUGCUGGGAAGAGUGGUGCUGGUGCCAAGGGUGCUGGUGCUAAGGGUGCUGGUGCUGCUAAAGCUGUGGAAGCAGAGGUGAUUGAACUGCUCUCGGAUUCAGAUGAAGAGGAGGUGGAGGAGAAGGGUGGUGGUGCUGCUGGUGGUGCUGCUAAUGGUGGUGGUAGUGGUGAUGCUGGUGGUGCUGGUAAUGGUGGUGGUGGUGGUGGUGGUGGUGGUGCUGCUGCUGCUGCUGCUGCUGCUGCUGCUGCUGCUGCUGCUGCUGCUGGUGUUGCUGCUGGUGGAGCUUCAGGUGCUUCUGCUGGUGGAGCUUCAGGUGCUUCUGCUGGUGGAGCUUCAGGUGCUUCUGCUGGUGGAGCUUCAGGUGCUUCUGCUGGUGGAGCUUCAGGUGCUUCUGCUGGUGGAGCUUCAGGUGCUUCUGCUGGUGGAGCUUCAGGUGCUUCUGCUGGUGGAGCUCUCAGUGUGCCCAUUGCACCUGAGCUGCCGUCAUCGAGUGUUACAAGAGGGAACGCAGCGGGCAGUGCAAGAGGGCAUGUGCCAUCUUCUCUCCCAUAG